UGGAUUUGUUGAAUUGUCGUCACAUUUUCAACGAUUUUAUUUAAUGCCAGUUGUUAAAUGUUGUAAAUCAACACGAGUCAGGAACAGAGACUUGGUGGUGUAAAGUAUUAUACCUUGCCCGAGUGAUAUUUGUGGAAGAGAAAACGUUUUGUGCGUUGAUGUAAGGCUCACAAAGCAAUACCUGAGAAAACAGGUGUACUUCUGUAAUAACUUUUGUGUUGUUUUCGAUGUGAAAGGGAACGAAUAAAUCAUUUUGAGUUCAACUUUCAUAAUGACGGAUUUCAUUCACAACUUUCUUGGAUGUGUUCUGAACUUCUGUGUACACCAUUUCGUCGCCAUUUCGAUAGUUACCAUAAUUGUGACGUCAUUUUGGUUGGUAAUGCGGAAACCCCACGGAAUUCCCCCUGGACCAAGCUGGACCCUUCCAAUUGUAGGGGACAUGUUAAGUAUAGGAUCUAAGACAGAUAAGAGCAAUGUUACACUACCAUUCCGUAGACUAAGGAAGAAAUACGGCGAUAUCUACAGUGUCUAUACUGGCCCGAAGUUAACAAUAGUUGUGAGUGGAAUUGACAACAUCAAGGAGUUGCUGAUUAAAAAUGGCGAUGUCUUCUCCGACAGACCACCAACUUAUCUCAAUGAUUAUCUCAGUAAAAGAAAAGGCUUGGUAUCUACCUCAGGGUUUCAUUGGAAAGAACAGAGGAAGUUUGCCGUAGAUACAUUACGAGAGUUUGGGUUUGGAAAACCAAUAUUAGAAGGGAAGAUACACGCUGAGCUGGAAAUUCUUGUCAAUGAAAUCGGAAAACAUCGUGGCGAAAAAUUCAAUUUUUUCAACCUGAUACAGUAUUCAGUGGCUAAUAUAAUAGCCUCUAUUGUUUUUGGUAAACGUUUUGAAUACGACGAUCCAGCUUUUAACGGGUUCAUUGAUAGAAUGAACGAUACAUCCGCAUCUUUUUCUGGAGCAUUUCUGGUGAAUGUUCUUCCUAUUUUAAGAUUCCUCCCAGGUGAUGUGUUCAGCGUUAAUAAAAUACACAGUAACAUGGAGAAAAAUCGGGAGACUCUUUUUGAACCUGCGAUCGAAGAACAUAAAAAGCAUUUCAAUCAAUAUGAUACCGAUGAUUUUAUCAGUAGUUAUAUUAAAGAAAUGAAAAGGAAAACUGGCCAGAAAUCCACAUUUGAUGGAGAACAACUCAUCUUUUGUACCAACGAUCUAUUUUUAGCCGGAACCGAAACAACCUCCACGACUAUUUUAUGGGCUAUCGUUUAUUUCUUACAUUAUCCGGAAGUGUUAGGCAAGUGUUACCAGGAGAUCCAGGACGUGGUGGGAUCAGGCCGACUACCAUCCAUGAAAGAUAAACCUAACAUGCCAUAUCUAGAAGCGGUCACAACUGAGUUAUUGAGGAUCUGUAACAUUGCUAUACUUAACUUGCCACGGGCACCUGCUCAUGACGUUACAUUCCAGGGUUAUAACAUUCCACAUGAUGCUAUUAUCAUUCCUAAUUUAGAUUCGGUGUUAUCAGACGAUUCAGUCUGGGGUGACGCAGGUACUUUCCGCCCUGAACGAUUUCUGGAUGAAAAUGGAAAGUUUGUCAAACAUGAACAGUUUCUGGCCUUCUCUAUUGGUAAAAGAAACUGUCUUGGUGAAUCCAUGGCGAAAAUGGAGUUAUUUCUCUUCCUGUCCACUUUGAUACAAAGAUUCGACUUUAAACCAGUCAAGGGCAAUAAUCUACCAGGCUUUACAGGAACGUUUGGUGUAACCCAUAUACCUAAGAAAUUCAAAGUUCACGCUAUACCUAGAUGA